AUGGCUGUGUUCGAUGCAGCCGAAUGGACGGAGCUCUCCAACUGCUUUUAUCGCGUACAGCCUUUGCCAGACCUGCAAUGGCAGGACGUGGACCUAUCAGAGCUCAUGGUCGCCUGUGCGCCUUACGGCGGGCCAAUAGCCACAGUCCGCGAUCCGAACCACCUUCCCAGGCGCGGCAGCAGCACAGGCUCGGCCGCAGGUUCGGCAGCGCAGGCUCGGCAGUAUAUAUCUGUGUUCUCAGCAGCUGGGCGACCAAUCUCGCGGUUUCUGUGGGAGCCUCCGGGAGGGAGGUUGAUGGGCUUGGGGUGGAGAGAGGAUGCGGUGGGAGGGCUGGUGCUUGUAACGGUGCUUGAAGACGGCACUGUUCACCAGGAUCCAGAGGUCUUCCCCCUGGCGGACCCCGGCCUCUCAGAGCCGCCCGCCUGCAUGGCUGUGCUGGAGCCUGUUCUGACGUCAGCGGAUGACGUCACCGCGCCUCAGGUGGCGGUGCUGCUGGGAACGGAGGCGGCUCUGCUGCGGGUGGAUGGGGAGACAGUGCAACGCGUGGGCGCCCCUGAGAUGUCCACAGCAGUGCAGCGCAUGGCAGUGUCAGCUUCCGGGAAGCUUCUGGCGUGCUUCACGGCUGAUGGGCAGCUGCAUGUGCUGCUGACGUCAGACCUCUCCAGGCGGAUCUCCCACUACGACACCCAGGUCGUGCUACCACCAGACGCCAUGGCAUGGUGUGGUGAGGACGCGGUGCUGCUCUCCUGGCAGCACCCCCCCGCCCUCAUGCUCGUUGGGCCUGGGGACGCUAUUAAGUAUUCUUUAGGAGGGGAAGAGGACGAGGACGAGGACGAGGAGGUGGAGGGAGAGGGGGAGGACGGGGAGGCGGAAGGAGAGGGAGAGGCAGGAGGGGAGUUGAGUAGGCGCCGUGCGUUCGGCUCGGCAGCGCUCCGCAGUGUGCCGGCGCCAGCAUCAGCUCUCGACACCAGCACCACCGACAGCCGCCUGAUCCUCAUUCCUGAGUGUGAUGGCGUGCGCCUGCUCUCCUCCUCUCACUCCGACUUCAUCUCUCGAGUUCCCGAACCCACCGUAGCCGCCUUUGCUCUCGCCAGCACCGCACCCCCUGCGCUGCUACUAGAGGCGUUUGGGCUGUUUGAGAGGCGGUCGGGGAAGGCGGAUGAGCAUGUGAGGGCGAUGGGACCGGCGGUGAUGGGGGAGGCGGUGCGAGGGUGCAUGCACGCUGCAGCGCAUGAGGGGGAUGUGGAUGGGCAGAAACGGCUUCUCUCUGCUGCUGCCUUUGGCAGAGCCUUCUGCAGGAAGUUUCCCCGGGAUCGCAUGAUGAGCCUGUGCAAGGACCUCCGGGUGCUGAACGCGGUGCGGAGGGCAGAGGAGGACGGGCUGACCAAUGGCGUGAGGGCGAUGGAGACAGCUGGCAUGCCCCUCACGUACUCACAGUACAAGGAGCUCUCCCCUGCACGCCUCAUUGCCCGCCUGUGCUCCACACACCACCAUCUGCUCGCCCUUCGAGUUGCUGCCUUCCUCGGCCUCCGCACUGAGAGUGUGUUGGAGCACUGGGCGAUCUCCAAGAUCCUCUCUGCAUCGCAAGUGCCGGAUGAAGUGCUCUACGACACUAUAAUAAAGCAGAUCGACACGGACAAGAGGGGCAGCCUGGCAGUGUCCUUUGCAGCCGUGGCUACAGUGGCGUUUCACACAGGCAGGCACGAGUUGGCCACACGGCUGCUGGAGAGGGAGGUUCACACGGGGCGGCAGGUGCGUCUGCUGUUGGAGAUGGGAGCGUUUGAAGCAGCACUGUGGAAGGCAGAGGCAGGGCCAGAUGCCGACUUUGUGUUUCAAGUGCUCUUCCAGCUUCUCGAUAAGGCACCAGAGGAGCAGGUGUUUGAGCUGCUCAAGAGCCACCCUACUGCCAGAAGCCUCUUCAUUUCCUAUUGCAAAAAAUCAGACAUUCCUCUGCUCAUGCGUUUCUAUGAGCGCUCCUCCAUGCACCAGUGUGUGGCAGAGCAGAUCGUGCAACAGGGAUUCCAGGAGGGGUUGAACUGGUGGGGGGCGGAGAGGGUGAGGGAGCUCGAAGCAGCAGCAGGGCUGCUCUCACGGACCAGGGACCACGGCUUUCAGGCUAAAGCAGUGGAAGAUUCUGUGAAGCUUCUUCCCUUUCAGCAGCAGUUAGAAGCAGCAGGAGUGCACCUGGCUGCUCCCGUUGCUACAGCCACUGCCACCGGUGCAGGAGAGGGUGUGGGGAUUGGGGAGGACGAGGGCAGGAGGAGGAGCGUGGUGGGGGCGAGUGUGAAUGAGACGAUUGCUGCUUGCCUGGCGGCGGGGAACCACAGAGAAGCUCAGAAGCUGAAGAGUGAUUUCAAGGUUCCCGAGCGGCGUUACUACUGGCUGAGACUGCAGGCCCUGGCUCGCCUGAGGGACUGGGAGGGGCUGGAGAAGCUGUUCAAGGAGCGGCGGCCGUUAGUGGGCCUGCGGGCCUUUGUGGAGGCGUGUGUGGAGCAAGGCGCUGUGGUGGAGGCUGCUAAAUAUGUCGGCAGGAUUGGGGAUGCGGGUGAACGGGAAGAGGGGGGUCGUAUGUGGUGGCGUGGUGGCAGGAUCGGAGAUGCCGGAGAAAGGGAGGAGGUGAGAAGGGGUUGGGUUGUGUUGGGUGCAGGGGAGGUUGUGUUGGGUGCAGGGGAGGUUGUGUUGGGUGCAGGGGAGGUUGUGUUGGGUGCAGGGGAGGUUGUGUUGGGUGCAGAGGAGGUUGUGUUGGGUGCAGGGGAGGUUGUGUUGGGUGCAGGGGAGGUUGUGUUGGGUGCAGGGGAGGUUGUGGUGAGUGGGUGGGCUUAA